AUGGAACGGACGAUGGCGUUGGGUAGCAUCUUUCGAUGGCUUCCUUCUGACAGCCCCAAGCGCCUCAGGACGUCAGACUGUCUGGAUCAUCAAUCCUUUUGCGGUGGUAAAUAUUACUACAGCAUCAAUCAUGCAAAUGAACAUGGCUGGAGACGCAUCGUCAACGGGAUCGAAUGUUGUCCCUUGCCAACAAGCAAAAGCACAAACUCUCAUGAGGUGUUCCUAAAUCGAACAUCUGCAGAACGCCAGAUGCCCAGAGCCAAUAGCUUGGCUUGCAAACCCAACAAACGUGAUGGCGCAUGCUCUGUUUUCACUCAGUCAGCCGUCGUUGGCAAAGGCAACGAGGCCCCCAAGCACCCCCAGUCGGACCACACCAUGCCCCGGUCCACACUUGGCGCAGCCAUGAAGAUAAAUACGGGUCUCGAACUCCUAAUGGGACUACUCUCGGUCGUACUUGACACACUAUUUCCUGCCCCAGGCCACUCUGCCAGCACUGUAUUUGGCCGAGCAAGCAGCGACUUGGCGACAGACUGGCAAGGACUGGCCAGAAGCCAAACCAGCCCAGGGUUCUUGCGGGAUCAAGGAUGCUGGUGCUGCAAUCGUGUUUCCAAGGGUAGCUCCGGCAUUGUGGCUGCAGGCCAUCACUCUCUUCAUGCUGCAGAUCGACGGGUGGCUUCUGCUGGAUGCUGA